AUGAGUUGUUUGGAAUUUUGCAGAAAUUCUACUCUACAUGGUUUAAACUAUUUGGCCAACAAGGAUUUGUAUCCUAUUGAGAGAGCCUUUUUCGCUUUAUCCUUUAUAACUGUGGUCAUCAUAGCUGGUUUCUUUAUUAACAAUGUCUACGAUAAAUGGUCGACUACACCAGUUAUAUUUAGCAUCAAUCCUCAGCCUACUUAUAUAACAAAUGAACCAUUUCCCGCCUUGACAAUUUGUAAUAUGAAUCAAGCUUAUAAAGCUAAAGUAAGGAAAUAUCGAAAAAAUUCUGCUGAAUAUGCCAUCAUACAAAUGCUGUGUAAACGUGAUGUUAAUAUAACAGUGGCCCAUGCUAUCAACGAUUGGAGUUUAUUGAAUAGUUUUAUAACUAAUAGUGAAGUCGAUACGGCGGUACCUUGGACGGCAGAGAAAGGUUAUCCUGUCAAUCUACCUAAACGUUUCUAUCCAUACAAAGCGGCUGGUACAGGGGAAUCCUUAGGUCUACAUGUCAUUCUUAAUGUAGAAGCCGAUCAAUAUUAUUGUUCAUCUUCGAAUAGUAUUGGUUUCAAAAUGGCCAUGCAUAGUCCCACCGAAACACCCAAUGUCAGAGAAGUAGGUUUACUACUAGCAGCAGGAUAUGAGACAAAAGCACGAGUGCGCAUAGACAAACUCGAAUCAGAUCCCAUGUUACAUCGGGUCCAUCUGAAACAUCGUCAGUGUCUAUUUCAAGAUGAACACGAUUUAAAAUAUUUUGCCACCUACAGUCAGCAUAAUUGUGAGGUGGAAUGUGUGGCCAAUUCCUUAAUGCGUCACUGUGGUUGUGUAUCGCACUUUAUGCCCAAGCGCUUUGGCAAUGAAACCGUAUGCAGUAUUUAUGAUGUGGCCUGUGUGGAGCGUAUACGUUUACACUCGAUGUCUAACGAUGAUGAUAGUGAGCGUGAAUGUGAUGAAGUGUGUUUGCCCAGUUGUUUUGAUUUGAAAUACUAUGCAGAGUUUUUUACCACACCGUUGGCGAAUACAGGCUUUAAAAUAGCCAAUAAAAUAAUACAAAAUCUAAGUAGUGAUUAUAUAGAACGUAAUAUUGCCAUAUUGACCAUGUACUAUAAGGAUAAUUCAUAUCGCAGUAAUAAACAGACAGAAUUUAUAGGAAUGACAGAUGUUUUGUCUAGUGUUGGCGGCUUAAUAGGUCUUUUCUUUGGUUUCAGUUUCAUUUCGGUGGCCGAAAUUAUUUUCUAUACCUUCAUACGUCCCUGCCGAAAGCCCAUAACAAAGGAUAAGCAUAAGUCUGGGCGUUUAAAUAAUAUAAGUGCCAUUUCGACGACAUCAUCAUCCGCGUUUAGUCGCAAUUUUAAAGGCAAAAGAAAGGCUAUUAAUAAUCCUUCUGCCUUUCGGAUUUCUCCUAGAGUUACAACUAUUUCUUCAAACUUUAUUCCUGAAAAACGUCAUGUGGGCCAUAAAAAUAUACCAAUUAUAAUACCUAAUAUAAAUUUAACUAAAGAUUAUUCCAGUAUUUCUAAACCAGAUUGGCGUUACGAUCAUAACGGUUAA